CAGUGUUACACUUCAGUAACCGCUUCACAGUGGAAUACUUCCUAUAUGAGAGCACGCCUAUUGUAACUUAGAUAUAACAUGUCCUUGCAUAGCUUGUGUGCUCAGCGACACCUUGAGACAUUUAAAUCUCUGUGCUUGAAUGGCGUGGGCUUGGAGGAGUAUAUUGUAUUAGCUGUGUGUGUAUCUAUCUACCAACAGAUUGAAGAUUAUUGUAGAUAAUUGUGGGAAGUAUUUCAAUGUUGAUUGUCAGUCAGUUCUAACUUCUGGCUUGGCUGGCUUGGGUACAGUACAUUGAAGUUCACCGAUUUAUCGUGUUUCAUUAUCUAUUGGAUUUUGUUGAAAUAAGCUUGAACAUGGUUUAAAAUAUUUUAAUAAAUUUGUAAGACGUGAGAGUUGUGUUUUAUCAGUUGCGGAGGAUUUAGGACGGAUGAAGUCCUUAUGUGUCAUGUGAAUGGAUAGUGGUUUUGAUGAACAUUUAUUUUGUAGAGCUGUUACAGACUUUUGAUUGAACAUGUGUUUGCAAAUAAAAAGGAUUGAAUACAAGUGGAGGAACCUUUGCAAAAGAUAAAUGUUUAUGAAAAAUUCGUCCAUGUUCUAUGUGAAGGAGGAGACUGGUUUCUACGCUAUGCCUGUUCCUGGACCAAUUCAAAUGGAGCCUGCGUUCUUGCCCAGGCAACCAUAUUUACCUCUACCACAGACCAUGCAUUAUCCAUUCCUGAUGCCACGCCCACUUCUGCCGCUCGGGUUUCCUCAUAUUCCAAAUCACAUUCCUUUACCACCACCACAUCCUAUGAUUCCCUCUCAAAGCUUUGCGACACGAACGUCUCAUUCUUUGACUUUUCCAAAAGAAUUCAUGACGAAUGAAGAUACGCCAGUCUUGGACUUGUCUUUGAAAAAAAGAGAUUGUUACGAUUCAUCGAGGUCGCAUGAGUCAAGAAAAAUGAACGAGUUGAGAGAAAUGAAGGAUUUGAAAGAAAUGAAGGAUCCGAGAGACAUAAAAGAGUCCAGAGAAAUGGACUUUUCUGAUGUUGACGACUCGUGCAGCGAACAAGGCCUAGAUCUCAGUUCACAGGACAAACAGAGUAGCGGCAAAACAUUUAAAAAAGCAUUGCUCAAUCGAUACCAUUUGGAGACAUGUGAGCAGCAACAGCGUCAUGGGCGACAGGUUGCAGCUGAGGCCCUGCUGUGUAUGGAGUCACCGAGCGCGGGCGCGGAGAGCAAGACUUUUCUGCAGGGCAUUCUGCAGCAGCAACAGACUAACGUGUUACCACCCAGUCCGGCAGACAGUGACAGUGGUGUGUCCAGUGAUCUGGAGUCAUCUGACGACAAGCUCAGACUGCAAGCAUACCUAGCGUCACAGACAGACAGUUCACCGAAGGAGCGUUAUGUUGCUCCGUUCUGCCAACCCCCUCCUGCUCACCAACCCCUGCCUGCUCACUUCAACACAGCCACACACGUUGCCAUGAGACCAGAUGUGUAUAAGCCCCAUCAGAGUCCUCCCCAGGGGCUGUCGUUCAUGUCAGAGUCCGACUCCGGGACCUCUUCAACUACACCUCCAUCCUCCCCGCUCAGAUACAAAAGUAAAAAAGGUCGGAAACCAAAGUUUCACGAGUUUGACCAUAGUCAGUUGCCACAGCCAAAGAGAAAAAGAGAGAGCAGCACAACAUAUCUGUGGGAGUUCCUGCUCCAGUUGUUACAGAACAGAGAGACAUGUCCCCGGUACAUCAAGUGGACGAACAGGGAGAAGGGCAUUUUCAAGCUUGUGGACUCCAAGGCCGUGUCAAAAUUAUGGGGUCUUCACAAAAACAAGCCCGACAUGAAUUAUGAAACAAUGGGCCGAGCAUUGAGGUACUACUAUGCGCGGGGUAUUCUUAACAAAGUGGAUGGACAGCGUCUCGUGUAUCAGUUUGCAGAGGUUCCAAAACAGAUCAUCGAAAUCGACUGCACAAAUGCAUAGCCCAACAUACAAACCCAGGAGGCUUUAUAUCUCAUGAGUGGAUCAGGAAAUCAUGUGCUCCAGGCCAUGGUUACUUGAUCUUGUGACCAGGUCAUAUGAUAACAAGAAAUCAGGUCAGACAUGCUGAAAACCUAGUCAGUCAUUGACCCAUUUAGAUUCGUUCCAGAGUCUGAUUUUGGCACCUUUUUGUGUGAAAGAAUCAAAAUCACCCGCUUGAAUAGGCCAGUGCAAGAUGCUUUCAACAAUAGCAUUAGUGACCAGUGACAAAUGAAGGUCACCAUCAUUGUGCUGAUAACCAUGAUCAUAUGGUACAGUCAGAACUAGUGCUACAAGUCCUGUCUGUUUAUUGCUUGUACUGGGACAUUGUACAUUGUGAUUUUGAUCUCAGAGCUGUAGGCACUUUGAGGAAAAGAUUCUUAUAAUUUGCUAUGAGGGUAUGUGGCUCCGUUUUAAUAGAAAACAAGGGGCAGAGCAGUGCAGUGUGCCCAUGGCAAAGACCUCUAAUGAACUGCAUUGAUCCUCAUUCUGUAUAAGGAACUUUGUGCAUUUCAAUGAUAGACCAUAAUAACUUGUAUCCUUUUCAUCUGUGUGCCAUUUUUCUCUUCAUUCUAUCCCUAUAUUUCUGUAUAUUGCCAGUAUGUGUGUACAUAUCUGUAUUAUAAAAUGUUGAUAAUGAAUGAUGAUGGACAUUUUAACAAGAACUACAUAUUUUUUAAUGUAAAUAAUAAAAUGUGGUAAAUUUCCAAUUAAAUUGUUUAAAUAAGUGCAAUUUUUCUAUUUCUUAGCCCUUUCAGCGCUGGAACCGAAUUUUAAAGGCCUUGGCAAACAGUUUGGAUCCAGAUGAGACGCCACAGAACGUGGCAUCUCAUCAGGAUCCAAACUGUUUGCUAUUCUGAUAGUGUUCUUUGAAAAAAGUCAAAGAAAAUGCUAAUUUUACAAAUUCAGCAGAAGACAUUUUAGCAGAAGACAAAUUUCCCAGCAUGCAAAGGGUUAAACAGUUUGUGUAGCUCCUUGUUCACAUCAAAAUCUAUUCAGCUACAAAUUAGAAUGAAUUGCAUACAUUGUAUUUUUCCUUAAUAAAACAAAUUGAUGGAAUCCUUUUCCUCUAAGUUAAAAGAUGAUAUGCUAAGUCAUUUAUUGUUAACAACUAAUCUUUUGCUUGUUAAUGGAAAGCACCGCUUGGCAUUAAUCAAAUGCUUCUUACCUGAAUUAAGUUUGCAUUUUUAUGUGCUUAAAAGUGUAGCAAAUGUUGGCAUCGUUUCUUUCAGGUUUAUUCAUGUUUUAUAAAAUAUUCAUUUAUGUCUCAAUUUAUAACUCUGCUAACAACGUGUUAGCUGCAUAAUAUAGCUCUAUUGUAUCUGUAUCUUGAAGCCCAAUCUUGUCCUCCAAUGUUAACUAUAGUAUUUAUUGAAAAGCCACAAAGCUUAUCAUUCUGUAUGUCAUAUAUGGUGAUAAGGCAUUGAUGCUUUUAGUGGUCUAGCUAUAAACUAAAAUAUUUUACCCCACAUUCCAGUUCUUACCUGACCAACCAACGAGUGUUUCCAAAUAUAUUUUUCCAUGAUGAUAUUUUAUUGUAAAUUACUAUUGCCCAUGUUUAAGUGAUAUCUUUUAAUGAAUAAGUAUUUGUUUUUAAUGCUCACCUCAGGUUUUAUCUUGUAUAUAUCAGUGUAUUGUGUGUUCGGGUUUCAUCUGAGCGCGUUAAACAUGAUACAUUUGUUACUGGUUUUCUUGUUUUGUAAAAAACAUGUAUGUGCUAACUUAUACUGUGUUGUUACUUUGUUACCUAUGUAGUACAAAUGUUAAGUGCAUUUGUGAAACAGUGCAUGAACUAUUUUCUAUGUCCCAUUUAGCAUAACUAAAUUAAUUAUCUUUUUUAUACCUCACCUAUGUUCCCAUGUACCAUUUCCACAUACUUAGUGUUCAACAACAUAAAACGUUGCAUAGGACAUUGUUUAAUCUCAACCUGACAUGGAGCUAAAAAUAGAAGAACGGAAACCAAAACUGAUGGAAUCUGAAACUUUAAAUGUAUCUUAAGCUUCUGAAGAUGCCUACAUCUAUUCAUUGUUUAUCGAAUUUUAUCCAACAAGAGACAUGUCCCAUGUAAUUUACAUUAACAAAAGUAUACUGAGCACUAAAUUUUCAUUUCAUUAAAAUCCUGCUCACCAGAAAUAUGACUCGUUUUCAAAUUCGCCAAUACUAAUGAGAACCUAUAUUUGGUUAAUUUGUUUUUGUACUUCUUACAAUUUUAGACACGACUGAAACAAAUGGUUUCAGAUCUACUAAAACAAUAACAUGGUCAAGGCGCACUAAUAACCCUAUGUAAUGAUGCUUAUCAAGUGCAAAUAAAUGUAUCGCCACAUGCAGCUAAAUGUUUUUAAUAAAGAGUCAUUUAUAUAAAUAUUUGUGCUAAAUAUUUGAUACACACAUUGUUUUAGCUCUAUCUCAUCCAUUCAUGUUGCACAAUUCGCUUAGAUUUUUGUACACCUUAUUUAAUAAGUGAUUUAAGCAAACCCAUUGAAGAUUUUUUAAUAUAUAUCACACCCCAAUUGACACUUCUGAAAACAACUCUUCUUUCAUUAGGCUAAUCAAAAUGUACUGAAGGCUGAUUUCAUUUUAUUAUGAAUGUUCCAUGGAUAAUGUCGCGUUUGUUUUGUAUAUAAAAAUUAACAUCACACCCCAUAGAGGGUAAUGAAACAUUUUGUCAACCCUCGAAAUGUUAAUGUCAACCUCAGCUUUCACCUCGGUUGAUAUAACCAUCCUAUGGUUGACAAUACAUUUUAUCCUCCUCUAUGGGGUGUGAUAUUUAUUUGAAAUACUCAUUAAAUAUUAUUCAUAUCCCUUGUAACAAAAUAUGUAAACCAUAUUUAAAAUAUUUUCUCUAAUCUGAUUUUUUAAAUAUUUGUGUUUCAUAUUAGUGGUUAUCUGAGCUCUCAUUAAAUUUUUAAUAAAACUGUUUUGUGUAAAUGAAUAUUCUAAUAAGAGCAUGUUUUAUGACAUAAUUUUUUGCAGACAGUAUUUAAAUUAAAUGUUAUGUAUGUAUUUGUUAUUUCUUGUCAAAGAUUUAUCAACCAAAAAUAAUUGUUCUGAUUCAAUAAAUGAAAACUGUUUUUAUUUUAUGCUAUCUUCUGGUUCAAAGAGAAAUAUAGGCAAUUCACAAUAAUGAUUUACAUAUCAGAGAGCAGUUUCUAAAAAGUGAUACCAUCAGAGAAGUAAAAGUAAAAAGUUAUCAAACAAAUAACUGUCAACAUGCAGCUUCACAUGUAUGUGGCCCCAAUAACACUGCCAUGGAUAGUGGCCCCAAUAACACUGCCAUGGAUAGUGGCCCCAAUAACACUGCCAUGGAUAGUGGCCCCAAUAAUACUGCCAUGGAUAGUGGCCCCAAUAACACUGUCAUGGAUAGUGGCCCCAAUAACACUGCCAUGGAUAGUGGCCCCAAUAACACUGCCAUGGAUAGUGGCCCCAAUAACACUGCCAUGGAUAGUGGCCCCAAUAACACUGCCAUGGAUAGUGGCCCCAAUAACACUGCCAUGGAUAGUGGCCCCAAUAACACUGCCAUGGAUAGUGGCCCCAAUAACACUGCCAUGGAUAGUGGCCCCAAUAACACUGCCAUGGAUAGUGGCCCCAAUAACACUGCCAUGGAUAGUGGCCCCAAUAACACUGCCAUGGAUAGUGGCCCCAAUAACACUGCCAUGGAUAGUGGCCCCAAUAACACUGCCAUGGAUAGUGGCCCAAAUAACACUGCCAUGGAUAGUGGCCCCAAUAACACUGCCAUGGAUAUGAGAUAUUAAAUAUCAACAAUACACACAGUGUGCUCCUUACCAUGUAUUUAAAUCAUGAUCCUAGUCUGAUGAUUGCAUUAAAAACCUGCCCUGCCAGACUAGAUUUAGGAAUAGAUAGAUGAUGAAUUAAUGGCUUUUUUUUCUCUUGCAGAAAUAUGGGUCUUUCCCAUACAAAUGAAGACAUUGUUAAUGCUGAUUAAGAUCUUCAAAUGUCACAUUAUAAAGAAUGGCUUUUAAGGGGGCCUUUUCACAGAUUUUGGCAUGUUUUGAAGUGUGUCAUUAAAUGCUUUAUAAUUGAUUAAUGUAAACAUUAAAUUUUAAAAGCUCCAGUAAAAAAUCAAAAAUAAAAUUUAAAAAAGGAAAAAAAAGUAGCCUGCAGCAGGGCUCGAACCAGUGACCCCCGGAAUCCUAAAGUAAAAACGCAUUAGCCAACUGAGCUAUCAUGCCAAGUAUACAUAGAAUGCGUAUUUUAUACGUUAUAUAAGCAAUCUUCGUAGUUUCACAAAUUUAAACGACAACAGAACUCUCCAAAUUAUUCAAUCGUUUCGCGUUGCAACGCUUUAUAAUUUUUAGGUUUUUAAAUCGUCAAAAGAUGCAUAUAAUGGCUAUAUUAGACCACGGCAAAUGUUCAGUAAUACUGUUUCCUCACAAAUAUCAUAACUAAACCAAAAAUUUGUGAAGCUGAAACAACUUUUUUUCAAUUUUGUCAAUUUACCAAACCGUGAAAAGAUCCCUUUAAUGGGUGGCUGCACAUUGGUGUUUAUGUAAAACAUUAGUAUUUGUCAGCAAACAACAAUUUAUUUCAGCUUCGCUGUGGGAAAGCGGGGUUUAAUGCAUGUGUGUAAAGUGCCGUCCCAGCAUUGCCUGUGCUGUCCGUAGGCUAGCCCAGGCUUUCUGGGGGGAAACGUUAUGCACAUGCAUUCAAUCCAGGUUUGUCAGAGAGAGGCUUAUAUAAAAUAAACUUGAACAGCUUCAUGCGAUUUCAAUGUUUAUUCUACCCAAUUAAUAAAUGUUGCUAGCUUUUUGUGGAACAAAGAAACAGUUCAUCUGUUGCAAUUGCCGCCAAAGUCCACUUAUGCUCACAUAAUUAGGCUAUAAAUAGUUUUCACACCUACACAGAGACUGUAUCACAUCUACAGAUACUUUAUGGAAGUCUUAAUGGUUGCAUGGCGUUUUAAUUUGGGUCCAGACUUGCUACAUAUGCACCGCACAUAGUAGUAUGGAUUGUUAAUUGCAUAAUAAACUAAGUGCCCAAUUACAUGCAAAGAUUAAUAGACAAGGAAUAAAAGAUCAGUAUGCUUUUUUUACUGCUUUGUGCUAAUAUAGUUGAUUGGGCAUUUCUAUUGGCAACAAUAAUUGGAUGCAAAAUAAGUUGAAUUCUUUUGGUAAUUUGUUGUAUCAAUUUCUCACGAUCUAAAGAUGUUUUAUGAAAGUACUCCAGAGACAACUUGUCGCAUUUACUGUUAUUUAUAUGGACAUUAGCAAUUAAGUAUCUGGGAAAUGUGCGGUGAAGAUUAUGCAGAGCACAUGCUGUGCUGGAGGUAUCCUGGGGGUGGAUCAAGACAUGACGAGCUUAAAAUGAUGGGCUGCAACAGAAUGUCAUAAUUUAUGUUAAACUAAUUGAUGUGAAUUCACAUCCAUAUGAAAUAUAUCUGUUAUUCUUUGUCAUAAAUUCCAAUUUACAAUAAAAUGCAUUGUAUUGCAAUGCACUUGUUCAGUAUUGUAAAUAUCGUUCAUAUAUUAAUUGCCUUGCCACUGUUAAUAAAAAUCAGGCUUAUGGCACUGUCUGCCGGCCAAGUCUCUUUGAUACUGCUUACUGUUUUGCAUAAUGACACAUAUUAGAGAGGUUAUGCAGCGCCAUACAGGUUUGUUUAACAUAGAAGUUUUAAAUGCCUACACUAUCAAUAGCAAAUAGAACAUUGAAAUUGAUACUUGGAACGUAAGCUUUGUGAUUUUUUUAUGCUUAUGUAUUCCUAUUUGCUCGUCAUAAGAAGUAUCCACAUGAACUGUUUAUCUUUUUAUUUUAGUCAUUAUCUGUAUUAUAUAUACAGGUAGAGUUACCCAAAUGCUUCAAGCAAAUUGCAACAGAAUCAGAACUUAAGAAAAUGUCUUUAAGUAGAUAGUAUGCAUUAAAAAAGAACAUAAUAAAUAUUCCUACUAAAAAAAAUGUAAGUGCUUCGUUUUCCUCACAAAUCAUGGGACCCAAACAAUCAGUAGUGUGCUCAACAUUUAAUAAUUUUAAUUUUACCACUGUAAAACAUUCCUCAACUUCUGUGCAUGAGUUUGGUGCAUGUAACACAAUCCACAGAUAUACAAAACACUUUCUUUUUUAAUUUUGACCUAUUACAUUAUUAUUUUAAUGCAUCUUUUGGUAAUACUAUAGACCCAUUAUACUUUGUAAACAAACACAAUUAGAUCAGAUGAAUGAAAGCUGAUCAGCAUGUAUACAUAUUAUUAAUGUUACAAUAGAUGCAUGAUUUGCUCAAAAUAUUUGUGCCUUUAAGGAUUUGUUAAUUAAUAUAUCGUUAUAAUAGAAGAUUGUUAAUGACGUACUAUUACGGAAUUCUGUAUGUUUUCUGGUGUUAAUAAUUUAUUCAUUAACAAUUUGAGUACAUACAUUGGAGACAAUUGAUCAGUGUAUUUUAUUAGAAAGGUAUAUAUAAUAUCACAGAAAAUGCUAAAUCCAGUAUAAAUAAUGCGAAGUUAGAGACACUAAGACAUGUCGGACAAACUUCAGUUGUUAACAAAAUAUUAUAAGAAUGUAUUCAUUAUUGUGUGAUUGGUUUAAUUGUGCUUGACUUUAGGUGGACAUGUCAGAUAUAUGUUUAAAUGUUGUGGUUUCAUGGUUUAAAGUCCUUCCAUGUCUCAAAUGUUCCCAAAUUUUGCUUUUAUAACCAGACAUAGUUGGCUUUCUUUAAAAAUUAAUGCUGUUUUAUUAUAGAUGUCACUUUUGCUGUAUAUAUAGUACAUAAUAUUGUGUGCUCAUUAAGAUCAAUUUGUUGCUCUGUAUUUUAUAGUUUAUAUUAUAUACUGCAUAGCAUGCCAAUGUUUAACACAGUACAAUAUAACGAAACUGUCUUAACGAGUACAAUAUUAUUUUUGUGACAAUAGUAAAAUAUUUUUCAUAUAAAAACCUUUUAAUAGCAAUAUUAAAAUAAAUAUACCAUUUUGUAUACUAGUAUAUGCUAAUGACUCUUUGAAUAAACCCAGUUUUGUAUUCAUUGAUUUAAACCUCUUUAGUAUGCAGGGUUGUGUUUAUCAACCAUAUAUGUAUUUGAUAUAAAUUGCAGGAAAAACAACUUGGUAAUCCAUCUGAUUUGUUUCGGCAUUUAUACAAAUUGAAACAGAUACAUAGCUAAGUUGGAGUUGGUUUAGUCUAGGCUUUAAAAGAAGGGAACUAUACCUGUGAUGUUUUAUCAUUUUAUCAUGUCCAAUGAAGUCUUGUUCCUUUUAAUAUCCACACAUGGAAGUUAUGUCUAAUUUCUUAUGUUGUUUUUCUGUCUUUACAAUGUAAGUAUAUUUAUUGUUGUUGUAAAUAAAUUGUUUUUGAUUAUCUUGAUCCUGAUUUUAUGAAUAUCAUAAUAAACUUAGUUGAAUAUUUUUACACCAA